AUGGUGAUUAAAAAGUGGGUGCUGGUCAAGGCGAUUCCGGAAAAGAGAAAAGUGGAUGAGGUUGGAUAUAUAUACCUUUCGUUCGUAUCAGUUCGAAAGGCAUUCGAGAAAAGACGCCAAAGGACAGCCAAUCUGGACUUUGACGCUCGUGUCCCCAUCCCCUUCAGUGUCUUCCCGUCGUCGUACCGGAGUGACGCUGUUCCUGAGCCUACUCUUGCACCUGAAAGAGUAGAGGGAGAAGUCAAUCUCGAUCGUCCUUCGCACGUCGAACGGGAAGACACUCGAACCUCUGCUCCUCUCCCAGAUCCCCGUAUCUACGGAAAGGAAGAGGUAGAUCUACACGGCCAGCACGACUUUCGUCCUGUUCCGCCCCCUGCUCCCCCUGCCCCCCAGCCAGACCAAUACUCGGUUUACACCGAAGACCGGUUCCAGCAACAAGACCAGUAUCAGCACCAAGGCCAGUUCCAGCAGCAGAAGCCCUAUCCUGAGGUCGAUCUCGCGCGUGAACGCUAUCGUGAACCUACCUCAUCAGUCCGCUACCAAGAGCCCCCUAAGGUUUACGACCAGGAGUUGUCCAACCAGCUAGACCUCACUGAGCGUGAAUAUCGUCGUCGUGUCAACGAGCCGACCUACGACGUCUACAACACCAACGCUAGCUAUCAGCAUUCUGGUGUAGAGUCCUACGAGAACCGUCAACCCGUCUCGUACGACCGUACUCCUGCCCGCCCCCAGCUCGACGUCUCGUACGACCAGGCUUAUCAAGCUCCCCCUCUCGACACCUACGUCGGCUCUUCUCAAGGCCAACGUCCAUUGUCUGUCGAGCCAGUCAACCCUCCUUCCCAAGUCCAGACUCUUAGCACUACUACUGUAGUUGAUCAUCCCCCAGCCCGCAAGAUGGGAUACUACGACGACAACGGUAACUACCACUCCUUCCGUCGUGGUGUGGAACGCGCUGCCGACCGCAUCAUGCACCCUUUACACCACCAUGAUCAUCAUCAUGGUGAACAUCAUCAUCAUCAUCAUCAUGACCGUCAGGAUGUCGCCGUUGCUGACGAUCGCGGUCCAGUUUCCCGUGGUGGUUCCCGCCAGGCCAUUCGCGUUGUUGAGCCCCGCAGCGGCGGUCGCAAGAACGCUGACACCGUGCCCAUUCCCUGCAACUUCAUUCGCAUCGGCGACAUCUUGAUCCUCCAGGGCCGUCCCUGCCAGGUCAUCCGUAUCUCCGUGUCGCCCCAGACUGGCCAGCACCGUUACCUCGGUGUUGAUCUCUUCACCAGCCAACUGCAGGAGGAGUCCAGCUUCGUCUCGAACCCCUCUCCCUCGGUUGUCGUCCAGACCAUGAUUGGCCCUGUCUACAAGACCUACCGCAUCCUCGACCUCCGUGAUGGCGAGAUCGUCGCCAUGACCGAGACCGGUGAUGUCAAGCAGGGCAUCCCCGUUGCACGCCAGGGCGACCUGUUCGGCCGUAUCAAGGACGCCUUCGAGGACGGCCACGGCAGCGUCCGUGCUCUGGUCAUCAACGAUGGUGGUCGGGAGCUCGUUGUGGACUACAAGGUUAUCCAGUCUUCUCGUCUGUAG